AUGGAUGAAGACCAGUGGAUGUAUGAUAGUAUGGUGUCUGAAGAAGUUAAUAUGAAUGUUGAAAGUGAGGUAGAUGUUGGCGUUAAAGUAGAACACGUUGAUUGUUCUGAUGCCUUUAAUACUUCUCAGUUGUUUGCUAGCCGUGAUGAAGUUUUACAAUGGGCUCGAUCGUUGGCUCAUGACAUUGGAAGAGCCUCAUUUCUAUUGAUAGCUUGUGAAAGGAGUUGGAAGUAUAGUCCUAAGAAAGAUAAUUUGGUAAGAACAUGCACUGGAAUGACAUUCUUUGCCGCUUUUGCUUACUUGGAAGGAGAAUGUCUUAAUAAUGUUGUUUGGUCUCUACAGCAGUUUCGGGGUCUUUUCAUGAGAGUUGAUGCACUCCCCAGGGUUACUGUUACCGACAGGGUUGAGAGUGCUCAUUGGUCACUAAAGAGACUCCUACAAAAAUCUGUUGGUGACAUAUGCAGUGUUUGGGAAGCAAUGAAUAAUAUGAUGACACUUCAACACACCCAGAUUAAAGCAUCUUUUGAGACAAGCAUGCACGUGGUUGGGCAUGUGUUUAAAGUAACAUUGUACAAAAAACUACUUGGCAUGGUAUCAAGGUACACUUUAAAUGAAAUUGCUGCUGAGUAUGAGCGUGUAGCUUAUGCAGGCAAAAACCCUUCACGAUGUGGAUGUGUCAUGAGGAGUACCCACGGUCUUCCAUGUGCAUGUGAGUUGUUUAAAUAUGUUGUGACCAUAACUGAGGAGAUGGAAACCAUAUCGAAACGCUUUGAGCAGCUCGAUGUUUGUGGUAAAGUACAUUUGAAGUCAAAGCUGCGAGAAAUUGCUUAUCAUGAUAUGAACUCCAUGUGUCCUCCUCCAAAAAAGAUGAAGACCAAGGGUGCUCCAAAAAAACCGUUGACCAAACAACAAAAGUUAACAAAACGUGAUACGUCUUAUUGGGAGUAUGUUGAUGCAUUACACUUUGUGCAAAAUAGUAAUUCGGAUGGUAAUUGUGAUUAUCGGGCAAUAGUUGCGUUAUUGGGUAUGGGUGAAGAAUCAUGGUCAUUGGUGCGCAACCAUUUGCAUAAAGAACUGAUAAGCUGGUCCGAAGAGUAUAUCAACCUGGUUGGUGGCAUAGAGAGAUUUGAGGAAUUAAAGCAUUCUCUACUUGUUGACGGAUUAUCUAUGGUUACCAUGGAUAAAUGGAUGAAUAUUACGGAUAUGGGAUAUGUCAUUGCUUCACAAUACAACGUGAUCAUUAUUUCUCUUUCACGAUAA